AUGGUUGGAAGGGGCUGGAACCUCAUUUGGAAACUCUUGGUCCCUCCUCGUGUUAAAAUUUUCGUUUGGAAAUUGGCUCAUGGUAAGCUCCCAACUGGCAACUAUUUGUAUAAUAUUAACAUUGGUCCUGAUACUUCCUGUACUCUCUGCGGUCUCUUUCCUGAGACGGCGGACCAUCUACUCUGGCAUUGUCGCUGGGCUAUUUCCUGUUGGGAUACUAUCUUCACUUGGUUGGGCUUGGAUCAUUCCUUCCACAUCCUCCUCUGCAAUGGAUCUUGGCUUACUUGCAACUUCUUAUGUGCCUUUAGCUGUGAUUUUGCCAGGGCCCUCAUUGCUUUGGUCGCUUGGCACAUCUGGACUGUGAGAUGUCAUAAAAUCUUUCGGCAUUCCCUGCCUAAUUUCAGCCAGAUACCUUCUAAAGCCUGGGCUAGCGCCCAUGAUUACUUUUCUGUCCAUGGUUUUCUUUGCAGGAACUUGACUCGGGGUCUGAUUCCCUUCCAUCCUGCUCUCUGGGUGUUCUCUGAUGCCGCUUGGGACCCUCUCACCGGUAAGGCUGGCUUUGGAUUCAUCAUCACCACUAAUAGAAACAUCAUUCUCCUUGCAGGUGCUGCCGGUGACACCUGCGCUUCCUCAAUUGACGCUGAGCUCCAUGCCAUUCAUCUCGCCUUGACUCAUUGCUGUUCUAACAACUGGUCUCCAAGCAAGCUUUACUCUGAUUGCCGAUGCGCGCUCGAUCUUAUUGACAACUUCAACAAUGUGACCGCCUGGCGCUCUGCCGAUAUCAUCCACUCCAUCAAACGCUUCACUUAUCAAUGGCCGGAUUUAACUUGGGAGCAUGUUCCCCGCGACUUCAACUGUGUGGCCGACAGCCUCGCCCAUUUCGGCAGCCUCAACCCACAGAUUUCUCUCUUUGCGCAGGGCCGCGAUCGCCCUCGUUGGCUUGACGACCUAUGCUCUUCUUCGAACUUCUCCUUUUAA